UCUCAAAGAUACCUAAGAAAAAAUGGUAGAUAAUCUGAAAACAGUUAAACAACAUUUAACCAGAGUCAUUCCAGAUCAACCUCUUUCUGCUUUUCUACCCAGAAAAAAGUUUCACUAUUUUCACCAUUCAACCUCCCCUUCUAUUAUUUCUAUUCUUUUUUCAAUUAUUUUUGAUUCUUUACCAAAUUCCAUCACCAGACAGGAAAGUUGGAGGAGGAGAGAGAAAGUGAGGAGGGGUUACAAAACCCCCAUAUUUUGAUCAGAUCUAUCCACUGCAAAUUUGCAAUACUCUAUUUUGAUGGUCUGAAAAUUCAAUUAAUCUAAAUUCUAAUAAAAAGAACUUAUUUUAUUUUUUGAGCAAAAAAAUAAAAAUAAAAAUUGUUUUAUUUCAAUGGCAAGUGCUCCGGUGAAGAUGAAGCCCAUCAACAGGAAUCAAGCUGGGCCUUCAUCUUCAAGCAAACCCAUUUUUAAAAAGAAGAUUGAACCCCCAAAAUCUGCUGCUGAUUCCAGGAUUAAUAAGUCUAUCCCAUUAAAAUCUGCAAAAUCUGAGGAGAAAGGGAAAACAGCUGUACCUGCAAGGGUUGUAACGCCUGUUAAGAAAAGGGUGAAGAAGGUUUACAGUUUGACAGGGCAGAAGUUUGACCCUCCAGAGGAGAGAGAAUCCUUGAGGAUAUUUUACGAAUCGUUGUCGAAACAGAUACCAACUAGCGAAAUGGCUGAAUUCUGGUUGAUGGAACACGGUUUAUUGUCCCCUGAAAGAGCCAAAAAGGCCUUUGAGAGGAAGCAACGAAAGCAGAAACAACUUAAGAUGGGAACUCCUAUUAAAUCAGCACCGGCACCUAAUAAUAGACCAGAAAGUUCAAAUAGACAAAAGCUAGCAUCUAAGAACGGCGAUAUGCAUAUCAAGGCCAAGAAAAGAAUUGUUGAAGACAGUGAUGACGAAGUCAUUGGGAACCCCAAAAGAAGGAAGGUGUAAAACAUGGUACCUUCACAGCAAAUUGUAUUUGUAGAACAUUCCAAAAGGUUAGUUUCCUUCUCAUUCUAAUAUACUGAACAAAAUGAUAGCAAAAGAUGCACUGUAACAAUCUUAUAGGUUAAAAGAUUUAUUUUACUUGUAAUUUUUUUACUGUUUAACAUUGUCAGAUCCAGAGAAUAAAUGAAUAAAAUAGAACAAAAUUUCUUUUUAACA